AUGAAGAGAAAGCAAAAACAUCUGAUGCUUACAAUGUCAGCAUACAAUAAGACAGAUGUCCAUCCAUCAACCUUCAUUCUCAUUGGCAGUCCUGGGUUGGAAGCUGCCCACAUCUGGAUCUCAAUCCCUUUUUGUAUGGUCUACAUUUUAGCCCUACUGGGAAACUGCUCUCUUCUCUUUAUCAUCAAGACAGACUCCAGCCUCCAAGAGCCAAUGUACCUCUUCCUCUGCAUGCUGGCUGUGGCUGACCUUAUUGUGUGUACUACAGCUGUGCCCAAACUUCUCAGCCUCUUUUGGUUCCAUGACAGAGAGAUUCCCAUUGAAGCCUGCCUCACCCAAGUGUUCUUGAUUCACUCUUUCUCCACCACGGAGUCCGGCUUCUUCCUGGCCAUGGCUUUUGACCGUUAUGUAGCCAUUUGUAAUCCAUUAAGACAUUCAGCUAUUCUGACCCACUCUUCAAUUGGGGGGAUGGGUCUAGCUAUUGUAUUCCGAGGCACAGCACUUCUCAGUCCUCACCCCUUCCUGCUACGUUGGCUACCCUACUGCAGAACCAAUAUUAUCUCCCACACCUACUGUGAGUUCAUGGCCCUCAUCAAGAUUGCCUGUGCUGAGACAAGAAUCCGCAAAGCCUACAGCCUCAUCGUUGCCUUCCUCACGGGAGGAGUGGACUUCAUAUUGAUUAUUUGUUCUUAUGUUCUCAUACUCCACACUGUCUUCCACCUCCCCUCCAAGGAUGCCCGACUCAAGACCUUGGGCACCUGUGGCUCCCAUGUCUGUGUCAUCUUAGUGUCCUACACUCCAGCCUUCUUCUCUUUUCUCACCCACAGGUUUGGACACCAUGUGGCUCCGCAUGUACACAUAUUUGUGGCCAACAUCUAUCUUCUGGUCCCACCCAUGGUGAACCCUAUUAUCUAUGGGGUAAGGACCAAGAAGAUAUGGGACCGAUUCCUUAAAUUUUUCAUUUUUUCAAAGCACUAUAUCCUUCAGCCACUGAAGGCAGAGCACAAGUGA